CUCUGAGCUGAGCUCAGCCCCCUGCUGCCUGUAAGCACAGGACAACCCAUUUGGGCAAGAAAAAACAUUUUGAUUGCAAUUUGUUUGUAUUACAACAUUUGGAAAGAUGUCAUUUGAUAUAAACAGUGAGUCGCUUUGAAGUCAUUAAUCCCGAGCGGACUCCUUCUACCUUGACUCAGCAAAGAACACAGCAUUUUGGAGCUGUAAGAACAGUACGGAGGACGUUUCUCGCAACAAGACGGGAGUCCCAGUUAGUGACUUUAAUCUGCACAAAAGUGACUCACAAUUGACAUAUUUUAAUGGCUUUGAGAGGGGUUAAGAAGUGGACUUGCUGCUUCUGAAAAGUAACAGAGCCAACAAAGCAGCGGUUCGGAGCAGUGCUUCAUUGCUUCAAAGUGAUGCACGUAUUAAGUUGCAGUAACAUUAAGUAAAUUUACCUGUUGAUAUCCCAGACAUGGCGCCGUCGUUGGUACUCUCAGAUGAAGUGGAGUCCGGUAGUGGAGAUUUUGAAUCGGGAGAGGAGAGGACGGCUGCAGACCGCUCUUCCUGCACGUGAUUAACCUCUUGGCGCCGAAAGACAAGACAUGAGAAGACUCUAAUUGAUCUGUGCUCCUGUAACUGCUCCACGCACCACAAUCUGGAUGUCCUCUGAGCCAUCAAAGCAGUGCCAGUCCUGCCUUCCAACCAACCAGAGUAAUGCUGCUGAUGAAACAUCAACUCAGGACAGCAUCACACCUCAGCCAGUCAAUGUGCUCACAUCUCGGCCACGCAGCCUUCUGGUGACCUCUGAAAGACGAGCACUAUGUGGCAACAUGGCUCCAAAUAUGCAUGAACUGCAGCAGGAGCAACUUCUAAAUUCAGACUCAUCAGAAGAUGGACUUUGUGUGGCUUCAAAGUGUACGUUGUCUUCUGUGCAUGAGACUAAGAAAUCUUCUCCGCUCCUCACGUACUUGCUGACAAAAGAUGACUCUGAGCUGAGCAGCACUCUGUUUUCUCCUUCAGAAAGGACCAGGGUCAGUGCAACACCUCGAUAUGCACAGCUAAGGAGUACAACCCGUUGCUCUGAGAAAGCCAAUCAGUGGAACGUCUCCUGUCCCUCUGCCAGCGCUCGGCCACUCGUGGACAACAUGGCGCUGCCUACAGAUGAGCAAAUACUUUGCUACAUUAAAGAAAGAGUCAAAGAAUUUCGGAGUGUACUUCAGCAGCAAACCAGAGGUUACAAAGGCAACCACCACAAGAUGGAGCAGAAUGUUGGCAUUGAUGGCAAAGCCUCUGAUCUCUGGUCCACAGGCGUCCCCUCUAUCCCAACAUGCAGCAGUGUCCCCACCCCACAUCCAGCCCCACUCCCUCUUAAAGGACAUUGUGAAAAGCAAGUCCUCAGGUAUGCUGUGACGGAGCAGUGCCAUGCCACAUGUGGACAAAUGCCUGAAGGUGAGCCAUCAAAGGACCUCAACAUGAAGGCAGCAUUCAAAGAGAACAGUGGAUAUACUGCAUCAGAGAAACCUCCAACAGAUACAUUGUCUGCUGCAAAGGACUCAAAUGAUGUGCCUGAAUGUAAGACUGAUGAGAAGAAUGCUGCUGUAGAUCUGGAUUUACAGUGUACUAAACAGUUGGAUAACGAUAUGGUCGAAAUGAGCGAAGGACAAUUUAAUAUGGGUGACAGCUGGAAAGACAAAAUAUGUGACAAAUAUGAUGAAAGCUCCCUUCACACAUGUCAUCACAAGUCCUUGAAAAAGAGUGCCUUGACAACACCGCAUUAUUCAUUAACUGCACUGAAGAAGCUGGUUUCUAGUCUGGAGAAUGUAGAGACCAGUGCCAAGAUGGACAACUUCUCAGAAAUCAUAGCCAAGCAGUAUUGGAAUGGGGAUAAAGAUAACAUUCAUCUCUUUGAAUCCACAGAGUAUCCAGAAAUCAUGCUGAACGUUGCUGCUACUUGUACAAAGCAUGAAGAUGACAGUCCAGUGGUUCUCGCGCCCAUGUCUGGAAUGACCUUGGACAAUCUGACAGAUAAACAGCCCAAGUUGGCUCUCGACAAGUUAUCGGAAGAAGGACAAUACAAGUCUGCCUGGUUAAAUGCCACAAGUGCAGAUGGCUUCAACAAAUGUCAAGCUGUGUCGACGAGUUUUCAGCACAUGCAGCAGUCUCCAGCAGGCACAAGUUCUCCAGCGCCUUUCAAAGGUUGUCAAGCAAAGUCAGUUACUCUGCUUUCUCAAGAGAAACCAGGGGAAAUCACUAUGAAAGUGGAAAGUCAACAAAUGCCUCUCAAAGAUGCACAGUUUCAAAGUGUAAGGCUAGAAAUGGUUUCUGUGCAAUCCAAAACUGGAAUAAAUGGACCCUUGUCUGAAAGCAAGUGUGUAGAAGUGCCACUCAAGUCUGUGGAGACAUGUGACAGGUACGUGUCUCUGGAAAUAAAAGACCCUCAAUAUGAAGACCUUACAGAUGAAGAAAAUGUGCUCAUUUCACCGCUACCUUCACCAGUGUCAGAAAGCAGAUGUGAUGGGUCAAGAUUAAUACCUUGUCUUAAAGUCCCACAGUAUGAAGACAUAAGUGAAGACGAGAACACUCAAAGUCCGGAACCUGUUCCGGUUCCACCUCUAUCACAGUCAAAUGGAGAACGAUGUUUGAAUGGGGAAGACAAUGGACACAGUCAUACUGAGGUGAAGAUGAAUAUCCCUUCAUAUAAUGCAUCGGAUUCAAGUGCUCUGGCACAGGACUCUGUCUCAUGUGGACUAUGUGGUGGUGUUCUGAACGUAGAAGAUGAAGGUGGAGAUCAGUUUGGUGAUGGUCAGUGGGCUGUUGUACCGCUGUCGAUAUCUGAUCUGACAUUUGAACUGGCAGAUGAUCAGGCUGGUCCAGAGAAUGACGUGCUGGAUGAGCAUUCUGGACAAACAGCUUCAGCUACGUGUGAGCCCCAGCUGUCAGUUCCAGAGCCAGAAGAACCUUCCACUUCAUUGCAGCUGCCGCUGUUUAACACAAUUCAAGGCUUUCUAGAAUCACAAAAGGCCUCAGUGUCUAGCUGUUACCAUCUGGAUUUAAUUGAUUCCAAUGUGUCACCAAGUGGUUCUACACCUGAACAUGAAUUGGAUAUGAAUGAAGGAGGACUUGAUGCACCUCCCAGCAGGGGGCAGGACUGCAGUGAGAAUGAAAACAGCUGUGAAACAGAGGACAGCUGUGACUACUCGUCCUCUCCAGAGAAAAACCUUCUGACCGUUCCCAAGGAGCUCCUUCACAAGAAAACUGAGACAUCAACAGUGUUUUUCUCUGAGACAGAAGAUUCCAUGUCUGAAAAAGAGGAUAUUAGAGAUGAGCAAAAAGGACUGUCUUUGAAGACUCAGAGUUCUGGUAAGAUGAGUUAUAUGCAAAAACUUAGAGAGAUUAUUAAAGCAAAAGCUGAAUCCAAGCAGCUGCAUAACCAAGCCAAGAAAAGAAGGAUCUGGAAAAAGGAAAGUGUCAUUUCUCUUGAUUCUGACACAGAUGAUGAAUACAGCCGAAGUUUGACCGAAAAAGCAAAACAAAAGAGAUUAUCUUCCCCACGAUUAGAGGACUGUCCCAACAUUCCAGGUAAUCAAGAAAAGGGACCUGCAGCUGAAGAUUUGGGCAGUUACUGCAGAACUGGUGACGAAAGGUUUCAAGACACCAGACCAUCCAAGCUCAGAUCGGAUCUGAGUAAUACUGAUCACUCACAGAGGAUGGGACAAUCGGCUAAAGGUAAAGACGACUCUGAUCAUGUCCCGUGCAAGGCCAUCCCAAAGAUUUCACCAGAAGAAAUCAUAAUCCUGGAUUCAGACACUGAAGAUGAAGUUGCUCCACGUCGUGUAAAAAGUGUUAAGCGAAAGCGAUUGUCAGAGAGGACUGAAGCAUUUCUAUCACACUCAGUUUCCCUGCCUGAUGUCUUGGAUGGUGAUGGUCAGACUGGGGAAGACCUGCUCCAAAGACCUGCACAGUCACUUGAGGGCUCUGCAGACGAGCAUCCUCAGCCAGUGAACCUGAUGGCUUCUCGUCCUAUUCUUACCCGCCUUCGUUUUUGUGAUUCUAAUGAAUCAAGUGACUCCUUGAAACUCUGUAACAUAUCUACAGAUGAUAAACACUAUAAAGAUGGAGUUGAGGUCCCCAACAACACUGUAUUGAUGAGUGAAAGAAGUGACCCCUGCAGAAAGGAUAUGUUUGGGUUGGAGAAAAAAGGGGGCAAAAAGAACAAAAAAGCCCACCAGAGUCUGAAUAAGUGUACUGCAGUUUCAAGACCUCGUUCUCCUACAUCUAAGCAGCACUUGGCCCCAUCUAAGUCGACCUCAGAACGCCGUUCCUCUGCCCCCGAAACCUCUUUGAGUUUCCUGCAUUCAGCAAAGAAACAAGUCAUCAGUGAGUGGUCCACUAGUUAUAUCCCCACACGGAGAGACAGAAGGACAAGCCAGAGGACAGAAGAGGAUUCCAGAUCCAGUCCACAUAAAGUCAAGAAUGCUACCGAACGUGAUCUGUGCUUGGAGAGGAGGCCAGCAGCCUCAAACUAUGAUGGGCCACCGAGGCAGAAGCACAGAUCUGAAUCCAUAGCACCCCUGAUGAAGAAGAGCCUGUCCUUGGCCAAGUUAUGUACAAAGACAGUCCUUCGGGAAACUCCAAAUGAUCAGAGGUGUCACUCUGUUGGUGAAGGUUACAAGUGGUCUGAGAAAGAAAGGACGAGCAAAGCAAAAGGUGCAGGAAGUCGGAAGAAGAAAAGUUGGCGUUGAAGUGGAGUACGUAGUCUCUUCACACACGGACGUGCACGUUUCAUUUCACAGAAGGAUCGGCACAUGUACCAGUUUUCUGUUUUGUUGGUGUUUUUAAGGUUUUGAAUGCUCUCAUGGAAAUCAGAACCAAAAUCUUGUGUUGUGUGAUUUUUUUUUUUUUUUUAAACUGACUACCUCACUCUGAUGUGAUGUUUUGUACAAGUUCAGUUUUUUGUGUUUGGUUCUUCGUUUCAUGUAUAUUUGUUUUUAUAACUCCUGUCCAAAUCACUUUGUUUUUAAAAGUAAGGUUUCUCUCUGGUGAGUUAUUGAUGGUGUAGUGUUAUUUUUAUGAAGUACUGCCAAAGUGCCUGUUGUACUGUUGAGUCCAAAUACUUUAAACUGGUCCCUGUCCACACCUU